GCUGUAUUUAAAUAUUGUCACCAUUACUUAUCGUCUGACUUUGAGUGAGUUACUUAAGCCUCUCUGAGAUUGUUUCCUCCUCUGUUAAAAUGGGACUAACCCUUUGAUUCUCUGCUGAGGAUAAUUUUGCCCCCCAGAAGACAUUUGUCAGUGUCUUUAGACAUUUCUUAUAGUCAUAACUUUGGGUGAGAGGGUUACCAGCAUCUAGUGGGUAGGGGCUAUGGACUCUGCUAACCAUCUUACGAAGCACAAAACAACCCCCCACCACAAAGAAUCAUCUGGCCCAAAAUGUGAAUAGUGCCAAUGGGAGAUAUCCUGGACUAACAAAAGCUACCUGAAAGUUUGAUGUGGGGAAUAAGUGAUGUGUUGUCUGUGAAAGCACCUUAUAUAUAGUAUUCUACUUUUUCUACUUACUCAUAUUGGUGGUUGUUAUGCUAAACUAGAAGUCUCAGUAAUAUUGAGGGAAAAAGUGAGAUGAAACUCACUGCUGUGGUCUGAAUGUUGGUGUCCCCCGAAAAUUCAUACAUUGGAAUCCAAUGUGAUGAUGUUAAGAGGUGGGGCCUUUUGGUGAGUGAUUGAAUCAUGAAGGCUCUUCCCUAAGUAAGUUAGUGACCUUAUACAAGAGGUUGAAGGGAGCUGCUUUGCCCCGUCUGCCAUAUGAGGACGCGGAGAAGCUAUCUAUGAGGAACAGACCCUCACAAGACAUUGAACCUGCCGGCACCGUGAUCUCAGACUUCCCAGUCUCCAGAACUGCCAUUGAAAACUUUGCCUUGACACUGAAGACUACUGCCCAGAUGCUGCAGACGUUUGGGGCCUGCCUGGCCACGACGGAGCUGCCCAGAGGCAUGCCAUCCACUGAAGACCUUCUCAUGUCCCACACAAGGCAGCAGGACAAGAUGCAGGAUGAGCUGAAAUUACUUACAAAGCAAGGGGCCACAUUGCUGUCAUGCAUCCAAGAACCAGCAACCAAAAAUCCCACCAGCAGACUCAAUCUCAAUGAACUUGAGAAUGUAGCUACCAUGGAAAGGUUAUUAGUUCAAUUGCAUGAAACAGAAAGAGCCUUUAGUGAGUUUUGGUCUGAGCAUCACCUGAAGCUCAGCCAGAGCCUACAACUACAGCACUUUGAGCACAAGUUCUGUAAGGUUAAGCUUGCCCUGGAUGAUUUGUUGGAAGAGCAAGCAGAGUUUACAGGCCUUGGAGACAGUGUGAUGCACGUGGAGCAACUUCUUAAGGAACACAAGAUGCUGGAGGAAAAAGGCCAGGAGCCCUUGGAAAAGGCCCAGCAGCUUGCAGUAGUUGGCGACCAGCUCAUCCAGAGUCACCAUGAUGCAGUGGACUCCAUCAGGCCCAGGUGUGUGGAGCUCAGGCACCUCUGUGAUGACUUCAUCAAUGAAAAUAAGAAAAAACAUGACAUUUUAGGAAAGUCCUUGGAGUUGCAUAGACAGCUGGACAAGGUCAGCCAGUGGUGUGAAGCGGGAAUCUACCUCUUGGCUUCGCAAGCUGUAGACAAGUGCCAGUCUCGAGAGGGGGUUGACACUGCCUUGAAUGACAUUGAGACAUUCCUGGGCACAGCCAAGGAGUAUCAGCUGCUCAGCCCCAAGGAGUUUUACAACCAGUUUGAGUUGAUACUCACCCUUGAUGUAAAGGCCAAAGCCCAGAAAGUCCUGCAGAAGCUGAGCGAUGUGCAGGAAAUAUUUCACAGGAGACAAGUGAGUCUGAUGAAACUGGCAGCCAAGCAGACUCGCCCAGUGCAACCCGUGGCCCCCCAUCCUGAGUCCUCUCCAAAAUGGGUGUCACCAAAAACCAUCCAGCCCUGCGCCUUGGCUCCUCCUCAGAGAACAUCUGAGGCACCUUAUACAGAGACAGAUAUGAACUCUCUAGAGAAGGAAGAUGAUGAGAAUAAAUUUGAAGUCAAGAAUGAAGAAAUACUUGAAAGCAGUCACGAUGAGCUGGAGCAGCUUGCCAGUCACGAAGACCUUCCCCCCAGCAGGCGCAUUAUACGUGACUUGCUUGAGACUGAAGAGAUUUAUAUAAAAGAAAUUAAGAGCAUAAUUGAUGGAUAUAUCACUCCAAUGGAUUUUAUCUGGCUGAAGCAUCUGAUUCCAGAUGUUCUUCAGAAUAACAAGGACUUUCUCUUUGGGAAUAUUACAGAACUUUAUGAAUUUCACAACAGGACUUUUCUAAAAGAAUUGGAAAAGUGCGCUGAAAACCCUGAACUUCUGGCACAUUGCUUUCUCAAGAGAAAAGAAGAUCUUCAAAUAUAUUUUAAAUACCAUAAGAAUCUGCCCCGAGCUAGGGCAAUCUGGGAAGAGUGUCAAGACUGUGCCUACUUUGGGGUAUGCCAGCGCCAAUUGGAUCACAAUCUCCCUCUUUUUAAGUAUCUUGGAGAACCAAGCCAAAGACUCAUAAAAUACCAGAUGCUGUUGAAGGGUCUGCUGGAUUUUGAGUCUCCUGAAGAUUUGGAGACAGACUCACGUGACCUACAAGGAGGCUCAGCUAAGAAUGGGCCAGAGGAGACCAACCAUUCAGCAUUCUCAGCUGAACUGCAACAAGCUUUGGUGGUGGUAGAGGAUUUGAUCAAGUCCUGUGAGUUGGCCAUGGACCUAGCAGCGGUCACUGGAUGUCCGGAUGAUAUUGGAAGACUGGGCAAGCUGUUAAUGCACGGCCCUUUCAACGUCUGGACAAUUCACAAGGAUCGUUAUAAAAUGAAGGAUUUUAUCCGAUUUAAACCCAGCCAGAGGCAAAUCUAUCUAUUUGAAAGGGGAAUAGUGUUCUGUAAGAUAAGAAUAGAGCCCAGCGACCAGGGUCUAUCUCCUCAUUACAGCUUUAAGAAGUCUAUGAAGUUGGUGACACUUUCAAUUCGCCAACUUGGAAGGGGGAGCAACAAAAAGUUUGAAAUUGCCAGCCGAAAUGGACUUGAGAAAUACAUCUUGCAGGCAGCUUCGAAAGAAAUCAGAGAUUGUUGGUUUUCAGAAAUCAGUAAAUUAUUGAUGGAACAACAAAACAAUAAGAAAGGCCAAGAGAAGCUACAGGUUGAAGCAAGUAUUAGCAAAGGUGAUGGAGUGGAGCGUGCACCCCGGAUUGAAAAUACAGAAAGAGCUACCAUUAGUAAGGAAGACUCAUUCUCCAGCACACGUGGGAUUAAAGGGCAACAAGCAGCACCGAGGCGCGCGCCAGGGCGCCAGGCUCGCUCCCUCCCAGGCAGAGGCAGUGCAGGUGAUGGCAGGAUGCCCGCGGACCUCCCCGGCAGCGAGCUGAGCCUCCUGCAGGCAGCCCCCGCUCCUCGACUCGGCCGAGCCGCCCCUGGGCCUCCGGUGAGCGGCUGCAGUGCGCACCGAGGGCCGUGCCCACCUUGAGCAGAAAGCAGCCGAGGGCUCUCAGGCUGCGGAACUGCCGGCCCGGGAGGGGGCGCCCACGGCCGCCUUCCGGGAGCCCGAGGAGCGCUCUGCGCGUGCGCCCUGCUCCCCUGCCCGCGGGCACUCGGAGCUCACCUCACCGCCUGCAGAGGCGAGCGGAGCCCGCAGCCCACGCCCGGAGGGCACCGCCCGGGGCCUCAACCUCGGCACUUCUGACGUCAUUUUUUGUUGUGGGGGCUGUUCUCGCAUCUGAGGAUGUUCAGAGCAUGCCUGGCUUCUACCCACUAAAUGCCAGUAGCACGCCACCCCCACCCCCGCCCCCAGCCCCAAAUUGUGACAACCCCAAAUGCCGUCAGCCGUUGCCAAAUUUAUCUGGGGUAGGGUGGGGAUCAGUCGAGAACCACUUUGGAGGAACCGAAGCUUCUCAAACCCGCAGACCGGGGAGCCGCGUGAAUCUCCGCGAGAACGUUGAUGGAGAGUUUGUGUUCGGUCCAAGACUGUUUAGUCUCAGAGACAGUUGGUUCCAAGUGAAUUUCCGAGAUAUUUACAUAUAGAGUUAUUAGUUUUUUAAAAUUAGUUUUAGUUAUUUUCAGUUAUUCAUCUCUUU